AUGAGCAACAUGAGUGCCGAAGAAUAUAAAGCUUUAGGAAAUAAAGCAUUCUCUGCACAUGACUAUAAAACUGCCAUAGAGCAGUUCACAAAAGCAAUUGAACUUGACUCAAACAACCACGUACUUUAUUCGAAUCGUUCUGCUGCAUAUGCGUCUUUAAAGGAAUACUCUAAGGCGUUGGAAGACGCGAAUAAGACGAUAGAACUUAAAAGCGAUUGGAUAAAGGGCUAUAGUCGUAAAGGAGCCGCUCUUCAUGGUCUCAAUAGGCUUGAAGAGGCUCUUGAGACAUAUCAAACUGGCCUCAGAAUCGAACCAAAUAAUGAACAGCUGAAAAAGUCAUUAGCAGAAGUAGAAUCUGCACUUAAUUCUUCAAAUCCUUUUACGAAUUUGAUCCCGCGAAUCGCUACCCAUCCGGCUUUGAAAAAAUAUCUCGAGGAACCAGACUUUUUGACAAAAAUCCAGGAUAUUCAAAGAGAUUCCAAAACACUUCCAAUGCAUUUGCAAGAUCCUCGUAUAGUUGACGUGUUUAAACAUAUUUUGGGAAUUAAUUUGGGAUUUGCAGAUCGUGCUGAAGAGAUGGAUACCUCUGAAAGUUUACCUGAACAAAAUAACGAAACAAAAGAACCGCCAAAGCCUGAACCUGAGUCUGAGCCUGAACCAAUUGCCGAAUUAACUGAGGAACAAUUGAAAAAGGAAGAAGCAAACAAAGAAAAAGAUCUCGGUAAUGAGUCUUACAAAAAAAGAGACUUUGAAGAAGCGCUAAAACAUUAUGAUAAAGCUUGGGAACUGGAUCCCACAAAUGUAACAAUCCUAACAAAUAAAGCUGCUGUUUUGUUUGAACAAGAAAAAUACGAAGAGUGUAUUAAUAUUUGUGAAGAAGCGAUUGAAGUGGGUCGCGAACAUCGUGCAGAUUACAAAUUGAUUGCUCGUGCAUAUGGAAGGAUUGGAAACGCAUGCGUAAAACUCGAUAGAUUUGACGAUGCUAUAAAGUGCUACAAUAAAUCACUAACAGAGCAUCGCACUCCAGACAUUCUUAAAAAACUCCAAGAGAUUGAGAAAUUGAAACUAAAACGCGAAAAGGAAGCCUAUUACAAUCCUGAGCUUUCUGAUCAAGCGCGUGAACGCGGUAAUGAACUAUUCAAGAAAAACGAUUUUGCCGGCGCAGUAAAAGAAUACACUGAAGCGAUUAAACGAAAUGAAAAUGAUCCACGAGCUUACAGUAAUCGUGCUGCUUGUUAUACAAAGCUUAUGGCAUUCCAAGAGGCUUUGAAGGAUUGUGAAACAUGUAUUAAUUUGGAUCCCACUUUCGUGAAGGCCUAUAUUCGUAAAGCCGUGGUAGAAUUCUUGAAGAAAGAAUAUGGAAAAUGUUUAGAAACGUGUGAACUAGCACGUCAAUAUGACACUGAAAAUAAGCAUUAUAAUGAGAUUCUCCAGCAGAUCCGCAAAUGUCAUGAAUCAAUGGAUCAAUCGGAAUCCCAAGAGGAAAUAUUGGCAAAAGCAAGGAGUGACCCUGAAAUUCAGGAUGCAGCUGCAUCAACAAUGAAUUAA